GCAUUAGCCUUCAAUCAGGAAAUUGGAGACAUUUUGCAUCUGGAGUACUUUUGAAGACACAAGCUGGGGGACAAGUUCAAGCACCGGGCAUGAGUUCACAGACGGAGCCCUGCAGUGGGAGGAGAGGAGAGUGAAAACAGCUUCAGGCUCCUCUGCUUAAUCAGGAUGGGCUGCGCUUGCAGUGACAAGAAACAGGUACAGGAUGACAACUACAAAAGAAAAUUCAGCACUCAGGCCUCUAACCAAUCCAAUUACAUAGCACGAAGUGAACGGACCCUUACGGAUACUGAUGAUGUUGUUUUUGUGGCACAACAUGACUUCGAAGCAACCAACGACAGGGAUCUACCUUUCAGAAAGGGAGACAAACUUAAGGUUUUACAAGAUGAGGGAGAAUGGUGGAUGGCUAAAUCUUUGGAGACCGGACAGGAAGGUUACAUCCCGUGUAAUUAUGUUGCCAGAGCAGAUACACUGGAGGUGGAAAAAUGGUUUUACAGGGACAUAAGUAGGAGAGAGACCGAACGUAUGCUUUUAGCCCCUGGAAACAAACCGGGGGCCUUUCUGAUUCGAGAGAGCGAGACCAGCAAAGGGUCCUUCUCACUGUCAGUCAAAGAUCAUGUACCAGAACAAGGAGAUGUGGUAAAACACUACAAGAUUCGCUGUCUGGACAAAGGUGGUUACUACAUCUCCCCCUCCAACCCCUUCACAUCUCUACAGAAACUGGUCCAAUACUACACCCGCGCAUCAGACGGUUUGUGCCAGCGGCUGAAUGCUCCUUGUAAGGAGAAGGCCCCCGAGCUGCCAUGGGCUCCUGAUGAAUGGGAGAUUCCCAGAGAUACCUUGAAGAUGGUGAAGAAACUGGGGGCCGGGCAGUUCGGAGAAGUGUGGAUGGGUUACUAUAAGAACACCCAGAAAGUUGCUGUAAAGACUUUAAAGGAGGGAACCAUGGAGCCGGCAGCCUUCCUCCAGGAGGCCAACCUGAUGAAGCAGCUGCAGCACGAGCGGCUGGUGCGCCUCCAUGCUGUGGUCACCAAGGAGCCCAUUCUGAUCGUCACUGAGUUCAUGAUCAAUGGAUGUCUUCUGGACUAUCUAAAAUCAGAUGAAGGGAAAAAGCUCAAGAUGAAUAAGCUGAUAGACAUGUCAGCGCAGAUUGCUGAAGGCAUGGAGUUCAUCGAGGGGAAGAACUACAUUCACCGAGAUGUGCGUGCAGCCAACAUUUUGGUCAGCGAUGACAUCCACUGCAAGAUAGCAGACUUUGGCUUGGCCAGGAUCAUCGAAUCAGAAUACACAGCUCAAGAAGGAGCCAAAUUUCCCAUCAAAUGGACGGCUCCAGAGGCCAUCAACUUUGGCACAUUCAGCAUCAAAUCAGAUGUGUGGUCCUUUGGGAUCCUCCUCACAGAGAUAGUCACAUAUGGAAGGAUACCCUACCCAGGGAUGACCAACCCAGAGGUGAUCAGGAGUCUAGAUCAGUCGUACAGGAUGCCGUGUCCGGACGGCUGCCCUGAGGAACUCUAUGAUGUUAUGACUAUGUGCUGGGGGCAGAGGUCUGAGGACCGGCCCACGUUUGAGUUUCUGCAGAACACUCUCAACGACUUCUUCAUCGCCACGGAGGGACAAUAUGAGAUGCAGCCGUGAUUAAAGAGAAGGUUUCCUGCUGAUAACAUUGAAGACCACAACAUGUCCUAAAGACAGAUGUGAGACUUGCAUGGGUAAAGGAUGAGGACCAACCAAAGAUAUAUAUUUCUUAAGACUUUUUCAAACAUUUCAAAUGAACAGAAUUUUGUACUCCUAUCUUAUUAGUGAUUUUGAAAGUUAUUAUUAGCUGAUAGCUGACAGCUAACAGUAAGAGCUUCUGAAACAAGUUGUAGUCAAAAAAGGAAAUGUUAAGGGUUGCCAACUACCCUGGUAUUGAUGGCUCGCAUUGUAGUAUGAGAAGACAUAAUUAGGAUUUGGUUAAAAGAAAAAAUAUUGGAAUACAUACACCGUCCAUGCCCUGUUAAAAGGCAUAUGGACCCAGCAAAGUUGGACCAGGUAGAGUUCAAGAUGAAUCAUUUGCAUGGUACAGAAACGUGCAGCCUGAGAAUACAUGCACAAUAAUUUGCACUUUCCCACCCCCCUUUAUUAUUCCUUUCAAUGGAUACAGGAAAGGGGCUUUUUUAGGAGCGUUUGUACUUGCAUACAUAUUCUAUUUAAAUAAAAAUAUUUACGUCUUAUUUUUACCUAUUUUUAUAUAUAAAAGGAUCCCCCUUUUACAUGGCAACCUAAGAGAUCAUUAAUUUGAUACAAAAUAUUGUUGCUAUGUAUUAAUAAACUGGAGACAUUAUUUAUUGACCAAUCAGAAUUAAGUAUUCUAGGCAUUUUAAAACACUGGCUUAAUUUCUUUUUUAUAAAGAAAUAUUCUAGAACACAUAAAACUACAGAGAGCAUUGAAUCAUUUUAAAGAAGGCGGCACUCUAAAUGAGGCUUUGCAUGAACAGGAUAUCCCUUACAAACAUAAUAAUCAUACGUAAUCACUUUUGCAGACCAAAUAAAAGUUUGGUAUUUUAACUUUUACAUUGGUGAAUGGAGGAAAAUGUAAAAGUGAUGAGUGAUUACAAAGAGUUGCAUACAGGAAGCCCUUAAAAGCAUCUCACUUUCCUAAAUUACAGUGGGUUUGAUCGUCUAGCUUAAGCAUCCCCGGGGGGGCCGGCAGUAUCUUGAAGAUAAGAGAAUGGAAGGGCCGCGGCAGCCAGGGGUUAAACCCAGCCACUUCCUGAAUGGACAGGAAACAGGAAGUGUGAGUCAGCAUUCCUGAAAUGCCACACAGCUAGAAUGACCUCCCAUGACAAACUGGUUGAGGUGUUCACAUUUCCUUUAGGUUUAAAAUAUCAGUUUUGUGCUUGUACUUUUUUCUUUUCAAUCUGUUGGUCGGUAAACCACCUUCAAUCUUCAAGACUUUCAUUUCCUUUGUCAAACAGUAUAUACUCUGCUGUGAAUAAGUUAAUAGAAAAUUAAAACGAAUUCAUACAUUCACAACUAUCAUCACGGUAAGUGUUAUCUGCCAUAAGUCUAGAUAUAUUUUAUAGAUCAGUCGGUGACAGACGGUGUUAAUGUACCACUGGCCUGCUUUCCUGUUGAAUCAUCAAAACAAUCUGUUACAGCGAUUGCAAAGGAU